GGCAUCAACAGGUCUGAAAUCUGCCCGGAUCGAGCCAUGGGGUGGUUGCGCGAGGUGCUGCACUUGGAGGAGGUCGGGUCUCGGAGAUACGCCUCCUUCCUGGAGACGGAUAGGACCGAUGUGCUACCCGGCGUUUGCCAGCGCUAUGUCAUCACCGACGGCCUGCACGAUCUCGUGUUCGGCAUCCCCGAGUGGCGGCACUACAAGUCGGAGUGGAUGGCUGGCCGGAAGUCGGCUCCCUUGCAUGCCAUGAAGCACGCCGACUACCAGCUGCUGCUUCAAGCGCGGAAGCAUUUCAUCAAGGCCAGGGAGCAAAUGCUCAUGCGGGAUUAUUAUUCUCCGUCGGCCUUUGAUCGCUUGAAGCUCCGCAAGGACCCUCCAAAGUUCUUCAAGACGGUGACCACGCCUGUUGGGAAGGAGAUCCAAGCAGGCAACCAGCUCAUGAAGCGAGUAGUGGACAAGCAGAAGUCCUCGGAGUUUGAGGACAGCGUGAAGGACGUGGACUACGCCGCGCGGCGGCGGCAGCUGCUGACGCUGGAGGGCGCCCAGCAGCUGGCGACCAACCUCCAGGUCAUGGCUCAGCAGUGCGGUGCUCGGCUGCAGCAGGCUUGACCG